UCGAUGCUCGUCAAUGAGCAGCAGAGGUGGCCGCUCCUGAGAGGCUGUGAAACUGCAGCUACAGUCCGAGAUAGGUCAUCAAUGUAUUGUUUAACAUUGCGAUCCGAAUGUUUGUCUAGCGAGCCUGUGGACGCGAUAAAGGUUUUCUGCCCGAAAAAGAAUGGAAUCACAGCUAACGUUAGCUCCACAGCGCAAUGGCCUUCAGGUCCAUCACCGAUGAUGUAAGGCAGCAUCUCUGACUGCAGCAAGAUGACCGAAGUCCAGGCUACAGUGGAGUUCUCUGUGGAGCUCCACAAAUUCUACAAUGUGGACCUAUUUCAAAGAGGGUUCUACCAAAUUCGUGCCAGUAUGAAAUUGCCAACCAGGGUGCCACAUAAAGUUGAAACCAGUCUACAUCAUGCAGGAGGUUCUGAUCUAGCUUUUCCUGCAUCUGUCCAAGAUGAUGUCAUCUCCAGCAAAACCUUCCAAAUUCUUUACAAAAACGAAGAGGUUGUUGUCAAUGAUGUGCUGCUUUUCAAAGUAAUGAUGCUGCUGGAUGAGAAGAAGGUGGAAGAAUCCCUAACCGACAUGGAUUUUCAGCUCUUCUUGGACUUGUAUUUUACAGAUGGCGAUUACUCGCCUGAGGAUCCGAGCACACUGCAGAACAUCAGUGGCCGCACUAUUCGUUUGCACUUUAGCCUCCAACGAGGCAUCCAUCAGCACAUCAAUGUCAUGUUUGACUACUUCCAUCUUUCAGUCAUCUCUGUAACCAUCCAUGCAUCACUGGUGGCUCUCCAUCAACCACUGAUCAGUUUUCCGCGGCCGGUCAAGACUACCUGGCUGAACCGCAACGCCCCGGCACAGAGCAAAGACUCACUUAUUCCACCUCUGGAGAGCGUCGUGUUUGGCAGCAGUUAUGUUAAACAGGUGUCCCCAGAUGGCAGAACUUUCCUUGUGAGUGACCCAUGUCUACAACAUGCAUUUAGCCUUCACCAUAACCUUUGCUCCAGUCUCCUCCAAGCCUACAAGGGCCUCUUUGACUAUUUUACUUCCAUUACCAAGGACCUGCCCUCCUCCCACAGAAUGGAACUUGCCAAGCCCAGCAUGCAAGUCCUUUAUGAGCGAGUACUCAGAAGAUCCUUUCCCCGAAGCCAAAGGCACGUCUACAUAGAGCAACUGGAUUUGGAGACGCGACUAUCCGACUUAUGUGAACAAGUUAAGCAGAAAGCCGAGUCCCCAGAUGAGUUGGCGGAGUUGGUGAACAUGAACCUGGCUCAGCUGUGCUCACUUCUUAUGGCACUUUGGGGACAGUUUGUAGAAGUUGUGUCCCUGCAGGAGCACGUCGCUGCCCUCCUUGCCAUGGAACACCACACACUGAGGGUGAGGCGUUUCGCUGAGACGUUCUUUUGUUUGGAACACCCCCGACAAUCUGCUUUGGCUUAUCAAGAGCUUCACGCGCACAGUCACCAGCAAAUGACAAAUGCCAUCAAGAGUUCUAGCUAUUUCCUGUCAUUGCCUCCACUUCCUGUAGAAUGUGCUGACCUUGACGGUGAUGUUAGCUCUUUGCCAAUAAUCUUUGAGGAUAGAUACCUGGAUUCCAUCACUGAAGACCGUGAUGGACCCUGGUUAGGAGUUCACAAUCUCAAAUCUGGUCCAGCCGCCAGUAAAAAUGACAGAUCUCAUUCGAAGGAUUGUGGUGGCGCAGCAAGCCCCUCGCCUGAGAACAGGUGUGGUCCCUCUGAAAACACCUGGCCAGACAACUUUGACGCACCCCCCAAGAGUAAAGGAAAGUCGGUUAAGAUGAAGAAGAACCCUAAAACUGAGGGAAACUCAAAGAAGAUGACAAGACAAGGCUCCAAGGAUUCUGUGGUUCUUGUGGGUUAUAAGAACCUCAAAGCUCCUUAUGCUGAUGUGAGUUCUAAGUACAAAGAACGGGGGGCUCUAUUUAACUCAGAGGAGGAUCAGAGUGCCCCACAGGGUGACUUGCAUCAUAAUUCAAGGACUAAUGCCAGUAGUGUUUUAGAACCUGUAGCCACAUCAGAAUACAGCACGGGCAGUUCCGUUCCAGAUGCCAAGGCUCCCUCUGCUACUUGUUUGAAAGGUUUCCCGAACCCUCAGGCAGGUACUGGGGCUGUGAAUCCCUCAAACAAAACGCAUGAACAGGGUGAUGGUGGCAGACAACUGUCCUCAGGACUUCAACAGAUAGAAGUUAAACCAAGUCAAAGGAAUCCACACCGAGGAGAAAAGGUUUCCGUUCUUUUGCCAUGCCGGACAGAUGGCGGUUUAGGUAGUAGAAUCCCCAAGAUUACUGGGGCAGAGACCGGUGACUCCGGGGUUGAUUCUGUAUUUGAGAGGCCGGAUUCUGGUGAGGUACCAGCAAGGCGUAACCUGCCUUGCUCCGUAUCGGUUCAUGUGAAAGGCGACAGCAUCCGGCUGCCAGAGGCGUGCGUUUCCUCACGUCUGUCAGAUUCAGGCAUUGAGAGUGAGUGUAGCUCUUUUGCCACACAGUUUGCUCUCGCUCAACAGAUGUGUGUGGAACUGGAUUGUAAAGAGCCAGCCACCCCUCAUCUGGAAAGGCCACUCACAAGUCCUGCCCUGAGAAGUCUUGAGCAGAGUUCAGUUCCAAAGCAGAUUGGGGCAGGAGAUAUGCCUGAAAACACCAGUACUGUCAGCGGAGUUCAGUCAUCCCUAACUUCCAUCAACUCCUUGCCAUCAGACGAAGAAGGAGAGGGUUCUUCCAGGACUAGUGGAGCUGAAGUUCGCCUCAGAAAGUCCAGCAUCUUGGUCCAGGAGCAAAGUCUAGUCUUUUCAGGGGAUGUCACACCGAGCAAGGACAUUAUUGUAGCCAGCACUCCUGAAUCCACUUUUGUAAUUGACUCUGAAAAAGAAUCCCACAUACUGGAUUCGGCAGAACCUGGGCUAGAAGGGGCAUCUGGUUCCGGAACCGUGAAAGAAUCCCGCAGUGAAACACACACCAGUAACUCUGCCACCAGUAGCACUGAUAUGGUCAAACGUGGAAUGGUGGAGAAUUACUUUGGUUCACGCUCGAGCACGGAUGUGUCUGAAAUCAGCCCAUUGGAAACGUCUGCCAUCACCCUGGGAAUCCAGACGCGACCGCCUGUUGAGGAGGACGAGGAGGAGGGUGAGCCGGAGAUGAUCGAGAACGGUUACUACGAGGAAGGUGACGGUUAUUCGUUCGUGAACGGUGAUGCUUAUGAGGAGCAAGCAGGAGAUGAGGACACAACAACUCAGCACCCGAGGAUCCUUUUCGAACAGCUUGGCAUCGGUUACACCCACGGAAUAACAGAUUCUUCCAAGGCUCCAAUCUGCUCCAACCAAGCCACCGGUGGUGUUGUACGACCUCGGUGUCCCUCUACCUCCGUGUCCAGUCGUCUGCAGUGGUACGACUGUGUACCUGAGCCUCAGAUGAAACUGUUUAUCAAGGCAAAGGAAGAAAUGAAACAGCUCAAACUACCAGGGUUCUUGUACAGUGAGGUACCGGAGCUGGCAUCCACUGUUCCCUACUUCAGCUUAGAGGAAGAUGAAGGUUGUGAAGAGGGCAUUCACCUCAUAGUCUGUGUCCAUGGACUGGAUGGAAACAGUGCAGACCUGAGACUAGUGAAGACCUAUCUGGAGCUGGGACUGCCUGGUGCUCGUAUAGACUUUCUCAUGUCUGAAAGGAAUCAGAAUGAUACCUUUGCAGAUUUUGAGUCCAUGACAGACAGAUUGUUGGAUGAAAUCAUCCAGUACAUCCAGUUAUACAACCUCACGUUGGCAAAAAUCAGCUUUGUCGGCCACUCGUUGGGGAACCUCAUCGUCCGCUCAGUGCUGACCAGACCCAGAUUUAAGUGCUACUUGAGCAAGUUGCACACGUUCCUCUCCCUUUCUGGACCUCACCUGGGAACUCUGUACAACAGCUCUGCACUUGUGAACACAGGUCUUUGGUUCAUGCAGAAAUGGAAAAAGUCUGGGUCGCUCCUCCAGCUCACGUGCAGGGAUCACUCAGACCCUCGACAAACCUUUCUAUAUAAGCUCAGCAAGAAAUCUGGUCUACAGUAUUUCAGGAAUGUGGUGCUGGUUGGAUCCCUGCAGGAUCGCUACGUUCCAUAUCACUCUGCACGGAUAGAAAUGUGCAAAACGGCAUUAAAAGACAAACAGACUGGUCCUGUGUAUGCUGAGAUGAUUGAGAAUCUGCUGCUGCCAGUUCUUCAGAACAAAGACUGUAAUCUCGUGCGAUAUGAUGUCAUCCAUGCUCUCCCAAACACAGCCAACUCCCUCAUCGGCCGGGCCGCCCACAUCGCAGUCUUGGAUUCAGAGAUUUUCCUGGAGAAGUUCUUCCUCGUCGCGGGCCUCAGGUUCUUUCAGUAGAACUGCAGCAGAAAACAACACAUGUCCAAGAGGAAUGUGGAGCCAAUACCUCGCUGCGUCACUACUUCAACUUGUCCAACUGACUGGACAAAGUCGCAUCAUCUUUCAUGAUGGAGUUUUAUUUUUCUACUGGGUUUUUUAUCCAUCCUUCUGUUUCCCGGAUCUCCUUGCUACAAUGUGACAGUGUUACUGUAUUUAUGUAAAUCCCAACAUCUCCUCUCCAGCGUCAUUUUAAAAAGUUGAACUGGAAACGUAGCUGCUACAGAUCUGCUCAUAAUGUCCUCAGCAUCGCAAAUGUUCGUCCCACUGAUGGAACUGAAUACUUUGCACCUAGUUUUUGUAAAAGGAAUUUGUACAGCUGUGUUUUAUAUCAUCGAUUUUCCAUCCUUUUUAUUGCAGAACAAAUGUAAAUCGUUUCAUACCUAUUGUUGGCUUCUGGUCUAAUUUAAAUACUGCCAUUCUUCAUCGCAGUACAGCACACUGAGCCAACCUGGUGUUGGUGUAUUAGCGCUUUGCCUUCUGCAUUUUACUACAGGGGUUUUCAUCAUGAUCAUGAUCAAGCAAAAGCACAUGCGGGGGAAAAUGUUUUAUUGAAAGUAUUCGGUUGGUAUUUUUGGCAAGUGUAUUUGAACUGUUGUGUACAGUAUUGUAAGCUUGAUUUUGAAAAAAAAAAAACUUUCUUGAACAAAUGUUUAUAUAUGACAAUACAAUUAAA